GAAUAAGAUGAACCACCCUGUAUAGCUUAAAUAGUACUUACAUCUUUUAUUUAUUUAUCACUUUAAACACUGAUAUAGUUAGUUUUGCUCGAUUACGUUUUGUUUUUAUCAAAUUUUGUGUUAUGUGGUGAAGUGUAACGUCGGCUAAUGGUGCGCAUUGUGCACCAUUAGACGACCAGGUAUAUAAAGGCAUUUUUAACGUUUUGUGACUGCGUCAUAAAACGUAAACGAGCGUUAAAUAACCGUUAAAGUAGAGAAAGGGGCAAUGAGAAAACCACGAAAUUGAAAAAAGGUACAAAAAGGAAAAUUUUUAAUCACAACAGCUCCGAAGUUAUUUCAUAUAGUGAUGAGUUGGAAGAUCUCGUGUCAGAUCAAAAUGACUUCUGUGUAUUGUGGUGAUGGUAGCAAAAAAGACGAGGUAUGGUGGGAGUGUUCGAUAUAUUGUCAAUGAUCUCAUGCCAUGUGUAUACGACAGGAUAGUCCAGAAGGAUAUAUUUGUGACUUCUGCAAUACUUAGAUUUUUUUAACAUAUCUGUAACUUGGUUUCUUAUCUUUUUGCAUAUAUUUGUUUGUUCUGUUAAUAUUUAUGUUUAAUAAGCUACAUUAGCCGAAUAGGUCGGGCAAUUUUGCGCAUUACACUAAUUGGAAAUGUCGCCUCUCACUCUUCUACUGCUCAACCAUUCAUUAAAUGCGGUCCCUACCAAUAUACCUAAGCCUUUGAAGUAUAUCUUCAAAAAAUUUGGAAACUGAAAUGUUUCAAGUUUGUGAAAUAUCCUGAAUAUGACUUAGGUGCACACCAAUAGCCGACUCUCCCCUACCACAAUAAAUUAGGAAUGGAUCAACAACCAAGAAAUAAGAGCGUGCAUCGGAAACGCUAGGUUAACUUUAACCGGACAGCGCCGGUUUAACCAGGGGUCUUUUGGGUGCUGUAGCACCGGGCGGUUGAAGGUUCUAGGGCGGUACGCGCGAAGCGCGUGCUGUUCCGAAAUUAUAUGAUUAUGGUAAAAUAAAAUUUGCAUACAAUCCACAUGAUAUAAUAAUAAAAUUUUUUCUGUUUUAUCAUUAACUUGAAAACUUAACAAUAAUUUAUAAAUAAAUUAUUAUUAUUAACGUCGACGUACCAUAUACACGUAUUAACGUGUAUAUGGUUUAUGCACUGUGUUCAGUUUAUGUUAUCUAAAUGUCAGAUAACGUACAAACAUGCCGCGCGCCGUAAAAUUAUAUCAUUCUACAGCUUAUAUUAAGAAUAAUGUGCGAACACCGCAAAAUACACGUUUGGGUUGGCAGACGGCCUGACGGGUGCCGGCCGGCGCGCCGCACCGAAAUAACAAAACAGAAACUGCUUACUAUUGAACACUUGAACCAGAAAAUAAUAAGGCGUAGGUCAGUAGAGUUGAUUAGUAAAAUUUGUUCUAUCCUAUUAAUACAGACCAGGCAGUUGUAUAAAUACGAGUAGAAAUAGAAAUACUUACAAACGUACAACUAAACUAAGGUAAGAUGUUUGACUUACAUUUGAAACUGUAUAGGUAAUUAUAAUUUGUAAAUUAAACAUUAAUAUAAUCAAUAUUCAAUAGAAAAAUAUGGAAGGGCGGAAACAACCUGGAUCUUUCUGGCAUAAAAGGAAACAAGAAAAGCAAGAAAGACAAAAUAAAAUUUUGAAAGGUAUACCCAAAAUGACAGCAUUUUUUACACCUGAUGGAAAUCAAGAAGACGACACUACAAAUAUUUCCCAACCCUGUAGUAGUUCUAGUGCUACUAGUGAUAAAUAUAUUCAUAUUCAACCACAUGAACUUAUUUUGGAGACUUCAGAAUUAGUGCCAGAGCCAGAGCACUUAGUAUCACCUGUUUCAAAAGUAUUAGAAUAUGAAGAAGCAACCACCAGUAACUCGGAUCCAAAACAGGAUUUACUUAAUUUUAAAGAUCCGGCACUUUGGCAAGAUUCCCAUAAUUAUGCAGAAAUAAUUCUAGAAAAAUGGGUCGAACAGAAUCUUACAGAUAUGGACUUUUCAAUGUCAAAAAGAAAUUUCGGGGAACAACACAGGUAUGCCGGUAAGCAAAUAUUUUAUAAAAGACUUGUUAAUGGAGAAGUGGUUCGCCGCGAUUGGGCAAUUUACUCCGAGAGCACUGGCAAUAUAUUUUGUCUUUAUUGUGUAUUAUUUGGAAAUAAAAAGAACCAAUUUAAAACAGGAUUUUCAUUAUGGAAUAAAAGUAAGGAAAGAUUAGACGAACAUGAAAGAUCCAAUGAUCAUAUAGAUAAUCUGAAAAUGUAUAUGACUCGCUUAUUAAAGCAAGGAAGAGUUGAUGUAGAACUCGAAAAGGAAAUUAGCACUGCGAAAGAAUAUUGGAUGAAAGUACUAGAAAGAAUCAUAAGUGUAAUAAAGUUUCUGGCUACCAGGGAAUUGGCAUUUAGAGGUACUCAUGAAAGAAUUAGCGAAAAACGGAAUGGAGACUACUUAGGUUUACUGAAACUAUUGUCAGAAUAUGAUCCAUUUUUGAAAGAUCAUAUUAAUAAACGAGCAAAUUUAGGUAAGGGCAAAACGUCAUAUCUAUCAAAAGUUAUAUGUAACGAAUUACUGAAUAUUUUAUCCAAUCGAGUCAAUGAUGAAAUUGUGAGACAAAUUAAGGCAAACAAAUACUAUUCUAUAAGUGUAGAUUCAACACCUGACAUAACACACCAUGACCAACUUACAGUGAUUUUGAAAUAUUGUGACAAUAAAGGGAAUCCCGUGGAAAGAUUGGUGGGAUUUUAUAAAAACACUGGGCAUAGCUCACAACAAUUUGAGGAAACAGUUAUUGGGAUGUUAGAGUCUUUGAAAUUAGAUAUUAAGAACUGUAGAGGCCAGUCUUACGACAAUGCCAGUAAUAUGAGUGGAAAGUAUUCUGGUUUGCAAGAACGUAUUAAAGCUUACAAUGAUUUAGCUAUCUUUGUGCCGUGUGCUGCUCACUCUUUAAAUUUGGUUGUCCAAAAUGCAGCAGAUUGUUGUUUGGAAGCAACAUUUUUUUUUAUGUUGGUACAAGCUAUCUACAAUUUUUUUUCCGUGUCUACACAUAGGUGGGAGUUAUUGUCUCGUGCAAUAAAGGAUUCGGCUGAGUCGGGGCAGACACUGUUACCUAAGAGAGUGAAUACAACCCGUUGGUCUUCUCGUUUUGAUGCCGUAAAAGCGUUAAAAAGCAAUUACGGUUUGAUUAAAACAUGUUUGAUUGGAAUAUCAACGGAUAUAAAUGAGAAAAACAUAGUAAGAGUUGAAGCAGCUUCUCUAUCGGAAAAACUUGAUUUGUUGGAAAACGGAAUAAUUUUAUCAUUUUGGCUUGACGUUUUACAAAGGGUUAAUGAAGUGAAUAAAUCAGUACAAAAGGAAAAUAUGGAUUUAAGCACAACCGCUCAUCUGUUAUCAUCUUUAGCAGAUUACUUUGAUUUCUUACGUGAUCGUUUUGAUCACUACGAGGUCUUAGGAAUGUUGUUAACAGGGAACGAAAAUUAUGCUGAGAAGAGGAUUAUCAAAAAAAUUGCAAUUAGGAGAAAUGAAUUCGGAGGCAAGCUUAAGCCAAAAAGAAAAAAUGCGAACACAAUGUUAUGUUUGUAUAAUAGACAAUCUUAAGUCGGAGAUUAUUCGCCGAUCUGAUAGUUAUAAAUCUUGUUCAAGAGCAUUUGAAUUUUUGUUUAAACUAAAAGCUACGGAAGAUGAAGAUAUUUUCAGAUCGGCAACCGAAUUACACCAAAACUACAAGGAGGAUUUGGACGAGUAUUUUCCCCAAGAAUGUGUUCAUUUAAAUCAUUUGUUAACGUCUCUUCCCCAAUUAAAAGUAUACACUCCUUUAGAAUUGGUACAGGCUUUAUACGAAAAUAAAUUAAUAUCUUCAUUUCCAAACGUUAAUAUUUGCCUGCGUAUUUUUUUCUCCAUAAUGGUCGCAAAUGCAAGUGGCGAACGCUCUCUUUCGACACUAGAAAGGGUAAAGGGUAAAAUGCAAUUUCCCAAGAAAAUUUGAACUCCUUAGCAGUCUUAUCCAUUAACGAGGACCUGCUAAAUGAAUUAAAUAUAACUGAUAUCAUCGAAAACUUCGCUUCAGUAAAAUCAAGAAAACAAGCUUUUCAAUAGUAAAGGUAUUUGCUUACCUACCUAAUGUUCCCUGUUUGAAUUUUAUUAAGUAAAUUUUUAUUUUACUUGAAGUUUUUCCUUCAAGUUUUGUGAAGUUCGCCCUUAAUUUUUUCCUUGUAUAUUGUUAGUUUUCAUUUAAGUUUGAAACCAAAAAAAGUUGUAAUUGUUUUUUUUUAUUUUAAUAAACUUGUAUUCAAAAUAUGUUCUGUUGAAUUGAAAUACAGUUAAGAAAUAUUUUUGAGCCUGGGCGCGGCAUCCGUAUCAGCACCGGGCGGCAGACUGUGUUAAACCGGCACUGUAACCGGAUGCAUCUAAACAUUCCGUAUAUCCUAUUUGGCCCCUAGGACUUUUCUAUUGGCUCUUUGCAGCAUGCGGCCAUAUUUCAACCCAUAGGCGGCGAGGUGCCAAAUCAGUAUACGGAAUGUUAUUCGGUGCGAAAUUCAUAUACGGAAUGUAGAUAAAAAAAUACAACUUUUUAUCAUUCAAUUAAAAUAAGACUGGUUUUUAAAUAUUUGUUAAUGUAUUAUUAAAUAAUUAAAGAGAAAUAAAACAAUUCAAUAGGAAUAAAACAAAAUAUAUUUACAAAAUUAAUACAAAUAAUUUAAAAAAAAAAUAACCUUUUAACGUCUUUAAUAUUCCAUAUAGGUAAUAAUUAUUGUUUUAUUAUUUUUUUUUAAUAAUACAUUAACACAAUAUUUUAAAAGUAGUCUUAUUUAACUCACUUUAAUAAAAAGUCGUAUUUUUUAGUCUACGAAUAUUUAACAUUCCGCAUAUGAAUUUCGCACCAAAUAACAUUCCAAAUACUGUAAUUGUUUCAUUUUUAUUGAAUAAUACAAAUAUUUUAAUCAAUUUCUUUUUAACUGACUCUUAUAACAAGUUGUCUUUUUCGGUCUACGAAUAUUUAACAUUCCGUAUAUGAAUUUCGCACCGAGUAACAUUCCGUAUACGGAUUUGCCUCACCGCCUAUUGGUUGAAAUAUGGCCGCGUGCUGCAAAGAGCCAAUAGAAAAGUCCUAGGUGCCAAAUACAUAUACGGAAUGUUUAGAUGCUAACCGGAUGGAAGCCUUCUUCAAGAUCCACAACCUCUCUCUUGAAAUCAAAGUAAGAAUGCUGCGAUGUUACGUCUUCUGUCUUCUUUUUUAUGGUGUUAAAUCGUGGACCUUGAACGAAAAUAUGUGCAGAAAAUUGGAAGCAUUGGAGAUGUGGUUAUAUAGGAUAAUACAUAAAAUUCCGUAAACUAACCGAGUCACAAAUGAUGAGGUCCUCAGAAGAAUGAAGAAGAACCGAGACGAACUAAUCACUAUCGGAUACAUUAUGCGAAAUGAAUCUAGAUAUGCCUUCCUAGCUUACAAGUCACCUUGCAAGGAAAAAUAUUUGGGAAGCGAGGUCUAGAAAGAAGAAGACUUCCUGGUUAAAGAACCUUGGAACCUGGUUCCACACAACAUAUGUACAGCUUUUCCGCGCUACGACAGAUAAUGUAAAGAUUGUCAUGAUGAUUGACAACAUUCGUCACGGAUAGGCACGUCAAGAAGAGGAAGAAUGAAAAAUAACGAGAUAUCUGAGUAAUAUGGUGCUCAUAUCUUUCAUUAAUACUUGUCAAAUUAACAUAAAAUAAUUGUUGCAUGGUAAUAAUAACGGAUUAUUUUAAUGGAUAUGAAUCGAGUGGUAAAAUACAAAAUAUUAUAAUAAAGAAAGAAGUUAUACGCUAUUACCUACAAAAUAAAAAUUGCAUGUAUUAUCAGUAAAACGUUUGAGAAAUCAGCCUUCUAAAAAAAUAUGACUAGAGGAUUUGAUAAGUGAGGGGAGAAGAAUAUCUAUGAAUACUCAAUUUGUAGAUAUCUACAUUAAGCUCACUUCUCUUUAAUAUAAUAAUGGACGAAAUAAUAGAACCAGUACGUAAAGGUCAUGGUUACAGCAUGGGGAACAAAUAAAUCCAAUUAUUAUGUUAUGCAGACGACGCCGCAUUAAUCGUCGAGACAGAAGACGAUCUCCAAAGAUUAACACACAUAUUCAAUACAACAGCGAAGAAAUUCAAUGUGAUAAUAUCAGCAGAAAGAACCAAAUUCAUGACAACAUCUAAAUACCCACUACGAUGUAAAAUCGAAAUUGAUGGGAAAAUAAUAAAGCAGGAAGCAAGGUUUAGACAUCUGGGAAUAUAUAUAACGGAGAUGUUGAAGAGGAAGUACGACAACAAAAGCUUAAAAGCAAGUAAAGCGGCGGGAUCUCUUAAUGACACAACCUGGAAGAAAAAACACCUGAGACAAGACACAAAAGCAAGAAUCUACAAAGCAGCAAUUAGACCUAUAUUGACAUACACGGCGGAGACAAGACCUGACACAUCUAAAACGAGACGAUUACUAGAAACAACAGAGAUGAAAAUACUUCAACGAAUAUCAGGGGAAAAGUCUGUUGGAUAGGGAGAGAAGCGAAAACAUAAGAAGAUCAUGCAAUGUAGAAGACAUAAAUGGAUGGGUGACAAAACGUAAACAGGAGUGGAACGAACACAUUAGUAGAACGGCAGAGGAUAGGAUAGUACGAAUAGCACGAGAUAAGUCACCAAAUGGACGCAAGAAGUAUUGGCAGACCAAGAAGAAAAUGGUGCGGUAAUUUAAACAAUUUAGGAGGCUGAUAUUGAAGAAUAAACAUGCUUUAAAGCCUAUAUACAAGAAGGAAGAAGGAGAAGAUUAAAACUUAGAGUUUUAGCGAAUUUAACGAAAACAGGAAAGAGUGUUCAGUUUUUAUAGUUGGACUUCUUCUUUGUGUUUGUUCGAGUGUUUUCCCACUAUCCUAUAAUUCUCUAUUCGUUUCAACAUGUUAAUAAAUCGACUUUUUACUGCACUAUACAAAAUCUCUGUUCAUUGGUAGUAACAAAAGGUUUUAUUAUACUGUUCUUGCAUUAAACGAACAUAGGUCCUUUAGUGAUGGUUCAACAGGCCGUUCAGAGCCCUAUACGAUAAUUUAUUUGAAACGUUAUUUUAUCCGAAUUCAGACGGCAAGAACGGUACGAUAAUUUAUUCGAAAUGAUAUUUUAUUCGAAUCUAGACAUUCAGUCAUACGGUACGAAUGUUAUCAGCCCAAAGCCCUAGUUAGUUUGUGGCAAUGGUGAAUAUUGAUGUCAAUAAUAUUGGUACGAUGAAUUGGUGUAGAAAAUGCCGAAAAAGACGAAUUAGAAGGUAUUGGAAACAUCUUGUUAAGCAAAUAUAUAAUUUGGGGGCUUUCCAGAAACAUGUGACAGCUAAAAAUGGAUGAACUAAAUUUUUUUAAUUACUUUACGAUGGCAAUAUUAUUUCAUGAACUGUUAAACAGAGUAAAAAAUGAUGUGGCAGAACAAUACACAAAGAUGAGAAGAUGUUAAGGUAACGAACGAUGUAGUAUCUGAUGACUUCUGAAUAUACUCAACUAUCUCAAAAGAUUGUUAUGUAUAUUCGAAAAUCCUUCACUGAGAAGUGAUAGUGAGAUGUAUCACUCGGAGUUGGCAUAAAUAUUACAGCGCACCAUGUACGCGGAGAACUUGCUGACAAUGUGAUUGGACUACUCUAAAUUCACAAUCAAGAUACAAUAGAAAUAAACAAACCAGGACACGUUAAAUGUUACAAGCAGCACUCCCGAAUCAUAAUUUAUAAUGUAUAAACUUUGUAAAUCAUAAUUUGGCAUUAACAAUGUACUCUACAUUGUAAAUUAUGAUUUGGGAGUGCUCUUAGUAACAUUUAAGGUGUCUUGGUUUUGUUUAUUUCUACUGCAUCUUGAUUGUGAAUUUAGAAUAAUACUAUAACAUGUGCUGACUAUUUCCUAACAUAUUAUGCUGGUUCUGGUGCUACUUUGUUUCGAUAGAUUUGUUAAUACUGAAUAUAUCAAAAUAACAGUUAUCGAAACCAAUUACCAAAUAAUAAAGAUAUUUUUACAUUUGCCCUUUGAUUGAUACCCCAGAUACUUUUUGGUAGUGAAGGGAUGAGGUUUCAAACGUCUGAAACUGGCAUCUGAGCUUAUAUUGAGUAUGAACGACGAAAGCCGAAUUCUGUAAAGGAGCGUACCUAGACACAAGUGCCACUGACGUUUGAUUCAAAUUUUUUAUCGUGUCACGGCAUACAAAAUCGAAUGUAAAUUUGGACGUAUCCGUUAAAAUGUUCGAGUGCGAUAUACGAAUGAAUUGUAUAAACGUGUCCAGUGCCCAUUUAAGACUGUUUUCCAAAACCCCAUUGUUUACUUUUUAUUUUGUCUGUUGCCAAUGGAUCAUCUUUUCCUCUUGUUGUGUCAUUUAUUCAAAAAAUGGUAUGGUCUAAAACUAUGGAAAUAAUCUUGUUUUGUACAGUUAACAUAUUCAAUAUAUGCACUAAUUGGUAUGGCAUCGAGAACAUCAUUGGUUAUGGCCAUUAAAAUUAAUUUGGUUAAAAUAAAUAGAAUAAAUUGAUAUAUUUAGUGAAUUAAUUGGUUCGAUAUAUAAAGUAUUAAAAGUUAAUGUUCAGUUUGAACCCAUUUAUGAUUUUUUAACAAAAUUUGGCAUUCCUAUGUAGAAUAACAAAAUGAGAACAUGCUAAAUAAAGUUUGUUAACUGUAAGAUCUUGUAGUUUUUUGGAAAGUAGCGAAACAAAUAUUGAACUGAUCUUGUAGCAAUUCAAUAUUACAUAGAACACCAUCUUUUAGUUUAGAUUUUGUGCAAAAAAUGUCGACUGCCAAAAAACUCACAUUGCGUGCUUAGUGAUUUAAAUAUAGUGUUUUUUCUGAAUAAAAUAAACUAAAUCGUUCAGCGAGACGACACGCCCACUUCAUAUCAACAGAUGACUUCCUGUGUCGAUAUUUUUAUUUUCGAAUUGUGAACCAGAAACGGCCGAUUAGAAGGAUAUUUUUAUGAAGGGCCCAUCCCUUGGAUUUCUUUUUCCAAAUUUUAAAAAGUGCGUAAAACUAAUAUUCAAUUCUUGUGAUACUGAGAUAUUAAAAAGUUUUUGUUACGCGUAUACAUAUAAUCGGUCUGUGUAUGAAAUUAAUCGUAAUACUAAUAAAAUAGUCAAAUUUUAAGGCAACAAAAUAAAAUAGGUUUUUAUUAUCUAUCUAUCUAUCUAUAAGCCUUGCAACAUCCAAUAUUGGACAUAGACCUUCCCUUCGCUCCUCCAUGUUUCUCUAUCCUGAGCCAUGUGCAUCCAUUUUGAGCCGGCUUGGUGUUUAAGGUCAUCUACCCAUCUCAUCUGUGGUCUCCCUCUCUUUCAUUUGUAUGUCCAUGGUCUCCACCCUGUAAUAAUUUUAUUCCAUCUUUCGUCUUUUUGUCUAAUAGUAUGACCGGCGAAUUUCCAUUUUAGUUUAGCGGUUUGACAAGUAGCAUCCUUAACUUUUGUGAUAUUUCUUACGUAGGAAUUCUUUUUUCUAUCUGACAGUCUUAUGUUGAUCAUUUUUUUCUUUCCAUUGCUCUUUGUGUUUUCGCAAUUCUAUCCAUAUUCGCUUUUGCGAAUGUCCAUGUUUGACAUCCAUAUGUGAGGACCGGAAGAAUACACUGGUCGUAGAGUUUCGUUUUUAGAUAUUAAAGGUAUUUUUAUUCUUCAAUAUGAAGCUGAGCUUACCAAACGAGGCCCAGGCUAACUUCGUUCGUCUCUUUAUUUCUGCCGUUUGGUUAUCUCUGUUCUGUAAAGACCUGUCAAAAUUCAAUUAUAUGAUGUUUAUUUUUGAAACUCAAAUAUAUUUGGACUUUAAUAGUUAUUUAAGUUUUUACUAAUAUACCAUCGCAUUAAUAAGUCUGCAUUUUUACCUUUUUUAUUUCCAAUCUAUUCUUCUGUUUAUAGUCCGUACCUGUACAGAAAUUCUUCCUGUACUACAUUCAUUCCCAAAAUAAGCUCGAGGUCACAGUCAUCGGUGUGUGUAUCGUGUCGGCACGGCUUGUCAUUGGUUAAAAGUUAAUUUCUAACCAAUGACAAGCGGCGACGACACGACACAUACCCACCGAUCACUUAGACCUCGAGCUUGUCAUAGGAAUGAACGUAGGAUAAAACGUAUAGUAUUUGUUAUCUUUCUGAAUCUCUUUUGUCUUUCUGAAUCUCCUCCUCCUUCUCUAGUGCCUUCUCUAUUGAGGUUGGCGAUCAAUAUGGCAAAUUUCUCUCUGUUCUGGGCUUGAUGGUCAAGGCAUUCCCUGUUGUGUGGGUCCAAUCUCUGAUGUUUCGGAGCCAGGAUUUUUUCUUUCUUCCUAUACCCCUUUUACCUUCGAUUUUGCCUUCUAAUAUUACCUGGGGCUGCUCAAAUUCCCUAUGGCGCAUUAUGUGUCCUAGAUAUGACGUCUUUCUAAUUUUUAUUGUAUUGACCAGAUGAGGACGUGUGUUCAAUAUAUCCAGUAAUUAUUCAUUUGUAGUUUUGCUGGACCAGCUUAUUCUUAGCAUUCGGCGGUACAUCCACAUUUCGAAUGAAUUCAGUUUGUUGACGCCAUACUGUUUUAAUGUCCAGGUCUCAUAGUAAUCGAGACCACAUAUAACAUUUUAGUGUUCUCAAUCUUAUUGUGACUGAUAGCUUGGGGUUACAGAGCAUUUUACGCAUGUUCAUGAAGCCAGAUCUUGCUAUUUCAAUCCGUCUUCUAAUUUCUUUUUGAAUAGCUGACCAAAAAACGAAUUUAAUAAUAUCCUUUUCUUAAAUAUUAUCACUUCUGCUUCUUAAGAUGCCGUGCAUUUAUGCUUAAGCUCAACCGUACAUUGUCCUGUUAGGUGAGAUAUUAGAUAGUCAGAAUUAAAUAAUUAUAUUUUUAGCAGCAUUGUGAAACAUUUCAUAGCUGUGGAUUUCAAGUGCAUCGUCUCCUCGUAGUAUGUGCCUUAACCCUUAAACGCCCAAGGGUGGAUAAAAAAUGUCCACCUAAUGCGUAUUCCCUUAUAACAUAUUUAUUACGUGUUCCAAAAUAUUUCAAAAAUUAUUUAUUGAUAAAAGACGACCCUUUAUCGAAUGUUAAUUUGGUACUACCGAUAUUUUUAAAAAUAAAAUUAAUAUAUUGAAUUCAAAAUAUGAGUGGGUACAAAAAGUCCACAAUUGGCUGAAGGUUUCUAUAUAAAUUCUCGUUGGCAGAAACAUAAUACACAUAAUUAUAGACGUAUAAUUAUAUAAUCGACAUAAUUAUUCGCCACACUAAUGAGGACGUAAAGGAAGAAUGUCGAAAAAAUCGACAAAUCUAUAUUACUGGCUUUUACUGGUAUGUUAAUUUUUGUGUACAUCGUAAUUUUGUUGUAAGGUUUGUACAUCGUUUACAUUAAUAUUUUAGAAGAUGCUGUGUUUAAUAUGCAUAACAUUCUUUCCAUUUCUUCUGUUUAAUUCAUUUUCUAACAUUUGUAACAACUCUCAAUAAAUAUAUUAGCUAUUUUCGAGGUGGGUAUUUUUUAUCCACCCUUGGGCUUACAUGGAACCUAUAAAAGGUUGGGCGUUUAAGGGUUAAGUAUGCAGCCUUCUUACUUUUUACAUAAUUAAAAAGUUCCUUAUCCUGGAAGCCCUCUCUUCUUAAUACUUUCUUAUUUCUGACUCUCUCCGUCCAUGAUUACACGCAGGCGCUACAUUUUAAAGAUUUCAAUGUUAAUGAAGCUUGCAUUUAACGUCCAUGCUUCCAUUCCGUAGAAGAGAACAGGCCAAACGUAAAACUUUAGCAUCUUAUAUUGGAGGCUGAAAUCCACUUGCGAUCAGUCAGAAAAUUACGAAGCCUCAAAAAAGCAUUUCUGGCUUGUUCUACUAUGCUCUUUAUUUCAGUCUCAGGGUCCCAUCCCACGUUUAGCAGACAACCCAUAUUAUCACUAAAAUCCUCAUACUAGUAACUUCUGAAUGUACUAGUACUAGAUAAUACUACGAGAAUCAUCUAUAAAUUUUUCAUAUUUAUUAUUUUCUGCCGUGUAGGAACUUGUUUUGCCAAUACCCAGACCAAUUUAGUUGUUUCUUUUCACUUCACUAGCGAUAUUCUUCUUCGUAAGAUAAAUUUGAUCGAUCAGUUUAGGUUAGGUAUCUGAGUUCUCUAGUUAAAUGCUAAAUUUCUUCUUAAAGUGCCUUCUUUCAAUGGAAGUUGGCUACUACAAUUUCAAACUCUUAUCUGUCUUCAGCUGUUCUUAUUAACUGUUCAAAAUUUAGUAAUGUCCAUUAUCGGAUGCCUUUUAGCUACGAUAGUCUCUUCCUUCCUAGUCCUUUUUUUCCUCAAUCAUUCCUUUCACUAUUAGUUAAGCAUGUUGGUAUUUAUUAUUUCUUAGUAUGUGGCCUUGGUAUGAUGUUUUUCUAACUUUCACUAUGUUAAGAUCUGGUUCCUUGCCUAUUCUAUGUAGCACUUCUUCGUUUAAGGUGUGCGAUGUCCAUGAGAUUUUGGGGGCUCUCCAGUAGACUAAAAAAGUCUCUAAUUUAUUUACGGCUGAUGUUUUAAGAGUGCACGUUUUAACUGCAUGGGGAAGAGUCGACCAGACUUUUUUGAUAAACGUAGUAGAACUUCGAGUUCUAUUCGAGAAUCACAUAGAAGUCGAUUGAUAUUUUCGAAACAUUUUCUGCUCCGUUCUAUCCUUGAUCUUAUUUCUAGAUCAGGAUUCAGGCUGCUACUGAUCCAACAUCCCAGGUACUUAAAUUUAUUGACUGUUCUAAAAUGUGACCGUUUUUGUGCAAGGUUGAGGUACAUUUUGGUUUAUUUCGGAUUCGCAUCAUUUUGGUUUUCUUAAUGUUUACUUUUAAUGUCCGUUUCUUCUUUAGGCUUUGGGAAUGGAUAUUUGAUGUGCGAUUUGAAACAAACAGAAAUUAGGUAACAUCUGUGUUCAGAUUUGUGAAAAGGGUUCGGUUCAUAGAUAGCGUUAUUUCUUAUUUUCUCUGACUGAGACUGUUGUCAUGGAGAACUUUUUCUAGAACCAGAAAGUAUAAGAUAACUUUUAAUACAUAAAACUCUUUAUACAAAAAAUUGAUUUGCUAAAAUGUAUGUUUCCGUAUAGAAUAACAUUAAUUUUGUAUUCAGACUGAUUGGUUUAAUUGUGUUUUGUAUACAGAGCACUCCAAAAUAUUGGCCGUUGUGUUGAUCGAAUAUUAUAACCAUUAAGAGAUUGUUAUUAAGUAAUAAACUUGUCGAUUUUUAAAUACCCCCAUUAAUCGAUACUGUCAGAAAAUAUGUACGGGUAUAUAAUGUUUUAAUUAAUAUCCUUACAUAUUUCUAGUGGAAUGCUCUGUAUUUCUGAUCGUCAAUAUUAUGCAAAGAAAACCAGCGGCUAUUGUGCAUGGAAUGUUGCAUUAUUCUAUAAUAAUUUGAAUCAGGGUAAAUUUAUAUUAUUCUAUUAGUUGAAUUUGAAAAAAAAAAGUUAACUUGAAAAUGAGACAUUCAAGUCUGUACAAUAGCAUAGCUACUUUUCAAUUAUUUAUUUUUUAUGAAGUAUGAUUUAUACUAAAAAUGAGAAUAUGUCGGUUACAUUUUUGCGUUAUUUGUUACAAGUCGAAGCCACAAAUUAUGAGAUAUUUAGCAAAAAUGUUUAUGGUUUACAUUUAAAAGCAUAAAAAUUUCGAAUUUGAAAAAAUCCAAGCUGUAAUUUGUAACGGAUAUAUUCUCUAGCAGUACCAAAUACUAAAAAUUAGUUGAUUUUGUGUUAUAUACAACUCUAUUAAAAAGUUUGUCAAAUAAAAAAAUGUCAGGUCCAUGAUUUUAUAAUUAAGAAAAUUGUGAAAUUGUUUGUGUGCGUAAAUUUUAGUACAGAAAUCAAAAAUAUAUUAUUAAAAAUAUGGUAAAUAGUUGGGGACGAUUCUGCCUUGACGGUAGAAUCGUCUGCAAUACAAGAUUGUCGCUAGUGGUGUCAUAUUACUAGCCGUGUUCGUUAGAUACAUCUGCAAAAGCUAUGAGAAAAUAUGAAAAGAUUGGACAAUCUUGAAAUACUACUUGGGAAUAGAUAUCUUCUUAAGUAUUGGGGAAAGUGAUACUUUCCCGCACAGGUCUGACGUUGACUCGAACGACGCAAUAGCGGAGUUCGAGCAAGCACUCGAGUGCGGGAAAGACACUUUCCGCAUGAGUUAGGAACAAAAUAUUUUCUACGGCCGUACGUUUGGAAAAAAGCCACAACAGUUACAUCAAUUUUUAUUUACGAGUAAAUACAACAUACAACAAUACGUAAUACAAAAAUGUAUGCAAAUUUAAUCAUUUGGAAAAUCAAGAAAGUCUUUACUUAUUGCUUGGUAAUAUUAAAUGUUAACGAGCAAUUCGUGGCAUUUUGCAAAUGUAUCACUGGUGCAAGCUGAUGCUUGAAUUAUUCAAUACGUUUUCUGCCAAGGUUGUCAAAACCAAAUUUUCAAUAAAAUAAAAUUGGUUUCCAUGAGGACGAUUCAAGCCCUUUGUUGUCUACUGAUUUAACUUUUGAAUAUUAUGUCAAAAUAAUUCUAUUUCAACGAAUUAUCUCGUUAAUUUCAUUAAAACAUGAACACAAUAUAAUCAAUUUGAAAUAAAUUAGUAAAUAAUAUCUAAAUAUUAGUUUAUUGCACGUAUAAUAAUAUAUUAUAAAGCCAUAUUACAAGAUAUUCUACUUUCCCACACUAGUGCGGGAAAGUGUAAUUUUCGGAAAUGAAAUGCGUGCGGGAAAGUGGCUGUUGUAGCACGGCCGUAGAAAAAAAAAUUGUUGACGUUAUCUAAUUUUAUAAAAUCCUAAUGCUACACGUCAUGUAGUUUGUCCUGGACAUUUGUCGAUAUAUGAACAUUAAAUGACGUUUAAUAAACGUCCUUUUAUUAUUUUUAUAUCUUUUUAAUAACAGCUCCAGAAUAACUGAACCAAUUUGGCUAAUCUCGAUUUUGAAAUAUUUGUAUAAGUUCAAGGAAAGUUUAAAAUGUGAGAAAAUGUGAUGAAAUUGCAAAGAAAAUUCGAAAAACAAUCAUGAUAUUUUCAGAUACAAACAAUUAUAAUAAACUCCUUUAGAUUGACGUUACUAAAACCGCCGCUACCUUCGCAUCUAUUUAUUUUUUAAGUUGACCGCGAAUUAGUUCGUGUCCCUGUCAAUAAGAACUUUUUUUAUUUUUUAAAUCCCUUUUUUAAAUAACUUUUUAUCUUUUAUUAUUUUAAAUCAGUGUACCUAUAUCUUCCACAUUUACUUCAUAUUUUAACCUAGCCUGUAAUUUUUAAAGCGAAUACGUCUUAUCGCUACCCAAGAUAAUAAUUAUAAUGAAUAAAAAUAAAAAGAUGAUGAAUAAAAUAGACUAGAAUAAAAUAAAAUGAGUAUCUAAUCUACUUUUAUUCGUCACCAAACCAGUAAUUUCAUUUUUACAAUGCAUAUAAUAAUAAUCACAAUUAAGUAAUUAAACAUAAAUAUAAGAUAAUGAUGAAAAUGUAAAUAAUGAAUAAAUUAUAUUUUAUAUUUAACUUAGUAGACGUAGACCAAACAAAGUCCAAAAUCGGCUAAUUCGAAAUGGUUGUCAUAUACCUACCGUAACACUAGACAGUUUAAUAUCACUAUAUACCAGCGAUUUGUCAUGAAUGUGAUUUAGAUUGAAGAUGGCAUGGCAUAAUAGCACGGCGAUACUUCAGUAAUAAGCAGACAUAAAAUUUGAUUAACCCCCAAAUUAGUAUAUAACGCGCUAUAAGAAGUAGUCACUUCUGUCACAAGUACCAAACGCCGUUAUUUAUUGUCUUUCGUUUUUGAAAUAUAUGUCUAUAUAUCGCACCUCCGCUCAAAUAGUGUCACAACUCAAAAAAAAAAACUGUUUUAUUGCACCAACAGUUUAAUAAAACUACAAACUCUUACCUCAAAAAAUGUUACGUUUAUAGUUCAAGUAUUUCUCUUUAGAUGACACCAGAGUCAUUAUAUGAUUAACCAAAAUCAACGGUGAACUGAACAUAAACAAUGUCAUAUUAUAUCGACUUGUGUCAGGCAUUAAUUUGUCUAUCUAAGGUGUUUAUAAAGCGUAGUUUGUCGAGUUAAGACAGUAUAUGUGAUUACUUUAUUCAAAACAAUCUGCAUGUGCUCAAGAAAAGUAACACAUGUAUUACUUAUUUAUCUUUUUUGCAGUAUUUUUUGUUUAAUGUUGUUAGUUGUAUUUAAAGUAACAUAAUUAAAAAGUACAAGUAUGUUAACCGAUAAUAAUAAUUAUAUUAUAUUCUGUACUGCAAGAGCCACUUUAGAUAAAUAAUUUUUCGUAAAUUUUUCGUUAUAUUAUCUGUAUAGUGUCACAACUCAAAAAAAAUAUUUUUAGCAAAAUUAAUACACUAUUUUCUAGAGCUUCGGAAACCUUUGUAACUGACUAAAAUAGUUAUUAUACUCAUUUUAACAGUUUUUGAAGUAAACCCGAAAAAGUUCUAGCAAAAAUUUUAAACGUCGUUUUCUCGACACUGCUUUUGUGACUUAUGAUACUGUUUGAGCGGAGGUGCGAUAUAAUAAAAAUAAAUUAGAGAGAGUCAGAAAAAAUUGGAGAGAGAUACAAUAAAAUACGAGGAAGUAAAAAAAAA